AUGGCUCAUCAUCAUAUCGAUCUAGCCAGUGAAGACCCGACUAUCAUUGGUACACCUAAUCCCUCUGCAUUUUUAGAUGAUGAAAAAGCAGCACACGAUGUCAAAAUUGAUUUGAGAGACAAUCUUUCACCACAUAAUGAUCCAUCGAAUCCAUUUGCAUUUACACCUGAACAAUUGUCGUCUUUGAUGGACCCAAAGAAUUUGCCUUUAUUACGUAGUUAUGGUGGCCUUGAAGGUGUUGCUCGUGGUCUACAUGUGGAUCUUAAGGCAGGCCUAACACCCAAUGCUCCCAAGCAUCCUCAUAUCACAUUAGAUCAAGUCAUAAAAGAAAAGGACGAUUCUAUCUAUGUCGAAGAAAUCGAUGUGAAGAGAACACCUACGAUUCAUUCGAUAGGUAGACAAUUGACUCACAGAACAGAUACAACUGUGCCUGUGCCUGAUGCUUCUGCCUUUCCUCAAAGAAAAGCUAUCUUUGGCUCUAAUGUACUUCCAGAAACAGAAACAAAAAGUAUCUUUCAACUAAUGUGGAUCGCAUUUCAAGACAAGACUUUGAUUCUUUUGGCUAUUGCUGCUGUCGUUUCUUUGGGUGUUGGUCUUUAUGAAGAUAUUGCUGUUCCAGAAUACGAUACACUCGGCAAUCGUAUCCCUGGUGUUAAAUGGGUCGAAGGUGUGGCUAUUAUUGUUGCUAUCAUGAUGGUUGUUCUUGUGGGCAGUGUAAAUGACUAUCAGAAAGAAAAACAAUUCCGCAAGUUGAAUGCAAAAAAGGAUGAUCGCGCUGUCAAGGCAACGCGUGAGUCUACUGUGAGUAUGAUCUCUGUUCAUGAUAUUCAAGUGGGUGAUAUUCUUCAUCUUGAACCAGGAGACAUUGUUGCUGCUGAUGGUGUUUUUAUUGAAGGUCAUAAUCUCAAAUGUGACGAGUCUGCUGCUACUGGUGAAUCUGAUGCUGUUCGUAAACAAAACUGGCAAACAUGUGAACGUUUAGCUGCUGCUGAAGACAAGACCUUGGAAUCCCCUUCUUCUGAAUCUGGUUUCAAAACUAAAAAGACAACUCAACCCACAGAGCACAAGUCCGUUUCAGAUCCUUUUAUUAUCUCUGGUUCCAAAAUUCUGGAAGGUGUAUGCACUUAUCUUGUUACUAGCAUUGGUGAAAACUCUUACUAUGGCCGCACUAUGAUGGCACUUCGUUCAGAACCUGAAAGUACUCCUCUUCAAGAAAAACUUAAUGAUCUAGCUGAAUUGAUUGCCAAAAUGGGUUCCGCUGCUGGUUUACUGAUGCUGAUUGUAUUAUUGAUUCGCUAUUUUGUAAGCUGGAGAUAUGGAGUCCCUGAUCAGCCUACCGAAAUUGUGAUGGAUAUCAUGAAGAUCUUAAUUGUUGUUGUAACUAUUGUUGUUGUCGCUGUACCUGAAGGAUUACCAUUGGCUGUUACACUAGCACUUGCUUAUGCAACACAACGCAUGCUUAAAGAUAAUAACUUGGUGCGUGUAUUAGCUGCAUGCGAGACGAUGGGUAAUGCAACUACUGUAUGCUCAGAUAAGACGGGUACCUUAACUCAGAAUAAAAUGACAGUAGUCGCUGGUACAUUUGGCUCCUCCUUCCGCUUUAUCAAGAAUCCACCCGCAUCGCGCUCAGACUUGUUUGAUAUCAAAUUGGUUGCAUCCAACGCACCCAAGCAAGUUUUGAAUAUUAUCAACCAAUCGAUUGCUGUAAACUCAACUGCUUUUGAGGGUGAGAAUGAAAAGGGAGAACCUUGCUUUGUUGGUAACAAGACUGAAACUGCUCUCUUGCAAUUCUCCCGUGACGUCAAGGCUGAACAUUACGAUACGCUUCGUACGCGUUGGCCUAUUGAACAAGUCUAUCCUUUCAGUUCAGAACGUAAGGCCAUGGCUACUGUGAUUCAAGUUCCUCAUCCUACACAUCCAAAUCAAACUGUCUAUCGUGUUCAUGUCAAAGGUGCAUCUGAAAUUAUUUUAGGACUCUGUGGCUAUACACUUACGCUUCAAAAGUCAUCCAAUGAUGAUUAUCAUGGUGCCACGACUCGAAAAAUGACUGAUGAAGAUGUAGACCGUAUUAAUCGCAUUAUACAGAGCUAUGCUACUCGCAGUUUAAGAACACUCGGUCUUGCCUAUAUUGACUUUGAACAAUGGCCACCUAGAGGUCCACUAGCAAACACUGACGAUGAUGUUCCUUAUGAUGAUAUUGUUCGAGACAAGAACUUGAAUUUCCUUGGUGUCGUUGGUAUCGAAGAUCCCCUUCGUGAAGGCGUACCUGAAGCUGUCCAAGCAUGUCAAAGAGCAGGUGUGUUUGUACGUAUGGUGACUGGUGAUAACAUUGUUACCGCUAAAUCAAUUGCUAAGCAAUGUGGUAUCUAUACUCCUGGUGGUAUCGUCAUGGAAGGACCUGCAUUCCGCAACUUGCCUCAAUCUGAAAUGGAUUCUGUCUUGCCUCGUCUUCAAGUAUUGGCUCGUUCUAGUCCUGAAGAUAAGCGAAUUUUAGUGAGUCGUCUUCGUGAAUUGGGUGAAAUUGUUGCAGUCACUGGUGAUGGUACAAACGAUGGCCCCGCUCUUAAAAUGGCAGAUGUUGGCUUUUCUAUGGGUAUUGCUGGUACUGAGGUAGCCAAAGAAGCCUCUAGUAUUAUUUUGAUGGACGAUAACUUUUCUAGUAUUGUCAAGGCUAUCAUGUGGGGUCGUUGUGUGAACGAUGCUGUAAAGAAGUUUUUGGAAUUCCAACUUACGGUCAAUAUUACAGCAGUCAUUCUUACUUUCAUUUCUGCAGUAGCAAGUACAGAACAGAAAUCUGUCUUGACUGCUGUUCAAUUGCUAUGGGUUAAUUUGAUCAUGGAUACUUUUGCCGCUCUUGCAUUGGCUACAGACCCCCCUACCGAAGAAUUAUUGAACCGUCGUCCUGAACCUCGAUCUGCACCUUUAAUUACGUUCAAGAUGUGGAAGAUGAUUAUCGGCCAAGCCAUUUUCCAAAUCACAGUAACGCUGGUGCUUCUGUAUAGUGGUGUUCUACAAUAUCCACAAGAAAGUGCUCUUUUACAAACAGUCGUCUUCAACACAUUUGUUUUCUGUCAAAUCUUUAACGAAGUCAAUUGUCGAAGAAUUGAUAGUCACCUUAAUAUCUUCAGCAAUAUUCUUGCCAACAAAUUCUUUAUUGCCAUCUUCUUUAUUUGCGUCCUUGGUCAAGUCGUCAUUGUGCAAUUUGGUGGAGCCGCUUUCCAAGUGGUUCCUUUAGACGGAGCUCAUUGGGGUAUCGCCAUUGUGAUUGGUUUCCUUUCACUGCCUAUUGGUGUUGUUAUACGUCUUAUCCCUGAUAACAUCUUUGGUUUCCUCUUCUUUAGUUCUUCUGCACGUGAAAAAUAUCUGGGGGGCAAUGAGAGUGCUAUCCCAUCUGUAUACGUUGCAGGCAAUGAACGCAUGCCCUGGAACUCUAACGAGAGAUCAAAUACCAUGCACUCUAGAAAUGAUCAUCGCUCCUUUGCAUCAGAAUCCAUCCAUAGUCUUGAAUAA